UGUAAAGUGAGACUUGAAUAUUUCUUAAUUACAUUUUGUGUAUUUUACAAAAUGCUGCCUAGAAUGCAGUUUAAAUUCCUACUAUGAAUUAUUACUAGCAAUACCUUUUGCAUUAUGAAUGUUUUAAUAAACUAUUUUCAGCAUUAUAAAGUAUAAUAUAUUUACUUAAUGACUUGGAACAAUGUCUCAAACUAAAUCAUCUGAUAGGUAGCAUAGUGCUGAUUAUCAUAUAGUGACAAAAGGAGUGGGGACACUUAGAUAUAUUUGUAGCAAGUUCCCCUCUCUCACUGAAAUCCCUAAAGUGAGGCAAACUCCCCAAACAGUCCAGUGUGGAAGACUAUGGAAUUUUGGUGGCUAGAGAAAAGAUGGAAAAUAAAAAAUAUGGUAAUAGUGGAAUGCAGUACCUUGGAAACGAAUAUUACUGCCUAGAACACUAAACUGGAACACUCCUGGUACCAUGUAUAUAUGUUAGUGGUUCUGUAGUCUUCUCUUUGUGUUUGCUUCCAGUUAGAACUGCUUAGCGGAAUAAUUAUAGUGAAUAUAUGCUCUUUCUAAUUGAACCCAGACUGGUAAACAGCCAGUUAGGUAGUCAUCCUAAUGAGGAAUAAUAAACUCCAGGCAACCAGUUUUUGAAAGCUAGAGAACUCAAAUGCAAUCGGUUUUGAUAACUAUAUGAAAAGGAGUGGAUUAGUACAGCUUGCUCUUGUUAAAUAUUGUGAAACUAACUCGGUCUUCUCAGUCAUCAGAUGAUAAAUACAAAUGGCAUUAUGAAUGAAGAGGAAAAAUAAAUAUCUUAUUUGUGUGCUCUGUUCUAGAUUUUACUUUUUAUUGUUGGCAAUGUCCAUUAUCUUGUCUGCCUCAGUGGUGCGUGUGAGAGAUGGACUCCCUUUAUCUGCUUCUACUGAUUAUGAGCAAAACACAGCUGUACAGGAAUGCCGAAAGUACUUUAAAAGUCUUGCAAAGAGACUCACUGAGCUUCCAGACCGAUGCACAUUACAAGCAGGAAAGUAUAACAUAAACUUUAUUAGUUCCCUGGGAGUGAGUUACAUGAUGCUCUGCACUGAAAAUUACCCCAACGUCCUUGCCUUCUGCUUCCUGGAUGAGCUUCAAAAGGAGUUCAUUACCACAUACAAUAUGAUGAAGACAAAUACAGCAGUCAGACCUUACUGUUUCAUUGAAUUUGAUAAUUUUAUUCAGAGGACCAAACAAAGAUACAACAAUCCACGAUCUCUGUCUACAAGGAUAAAUCUUGCUGACAUGCAAACAGAAAUUAGAUUGAGACCACCUUACCAGAUUUCCUUGUCAGAACUUUGUUCAGCCAAUGGAUAUCCAUAUGGAUCUCUACAAGAAAAAGAUACAAGAAAAAUGUCUCCAGCCCCUCACCAACGAUUGGAACCUGUGACGCUACCGGGAAUUGUUUCCCUUCUUCUUAGCCUUUUAUGUGCUGCUUUGAAUUUAAUUCGUGGUUUUCAUGCUAUAGAGAGUCUUCUACAGAAUGAAGAAGAUGACUUCAGUUUUGUUAUCGCCUUUUUUCUUGGCACAACAGCUUGUUUAUAUCAGUGCUAUCUGUUUGCAUAUUGCACAAACUGGCGGAACAUCAAAUCUUUCCUAACGUUUGGCUUAAUCUGCUUGUGUAAUAUGUACCUUUAUGAAUUGCGCAAUCUCUGGCAGAUCUUUUUUCAUGUGACUGUGGGUGCUUUUUUAACGUUACAAAUCCGGCUAAGGCAGCCACAAGGAAAAGCUCCUGAUUAUAAUGUGUGACGGAUGUCCUCUGAUAGUUUCAUGGCAAACUUCAUCCGAACAGUAUUCUUCUCAGGACUGAAAAGCUUUGCUGUAUGAAAAGAAGUUCCACAUACUCUGAGACUCUAAUAAGUCAGCAGUGAUUUAAAAAAAAAAUGGUUCAGGAACUAAUUGGGGUACAAAUGCAAUCCAAUGCUGGAUAAUAUACCCCAAGAAUAAAUGAGAAUUUGGAGGGCAGCAUGAAAAGCUCCAUAUUCAGAACUCUGACAACGACAAAAAUCUGUAUUGGACCUGCUCGGCAUAUUAAGUGAUUUCUCCAGUCCCAGACCAGUUUUGCCUUUGUGAGGCAAGAGAAAAGGCUGAAAUAAAGGGAUGGUAUUGCAUAUUAACAAACAGUUCGGUAUGAAUGAAUUCCUAAAUGCCAGAUUAUUGGAUUGCACAUAAAUUUAAUGGUGUGUGUCUGCAUUUUCCUUAAUUAAAACCUAACCCAGAAACCAUCUGUUGCUGGGGAUUAGUUCUUGAGCCCCAAAGGCCUGCCAUCUAAUGCUGAGUUAAUUAUGAACUGCAUUAGUACUUCUUUUCCUUCUGCUUUCUUUCAUGUACUUUGAGAGUUUGAAAAUGAUCUUAUCUAUCCCAAUGCAUCAAUAAUGUUGGUUCCUUAUCUAAAGUUUGAAGAUUUUUUUAAAAAAAAUCUCUUUGUGAUGAUAUAAUGGGAGAGAGACAUUUUCUCUGAAUAAUAUAAAAUCAGAAAAGAAAUUAAACAGUUGACUAGAUGGGAUGUGGGUUAAUUUUUAUCCAUUUCUCUAUCUUAUGAAAGUAUUUGGAGCGGAAGAAACAGCUUUGGAUCAUUGCUAUUUAUUUAUUUAUUCAUAUUUUAACAGAUUAUAACACUGACAGAACUCUAGACAGUGCACAUAAUCCUUCCACCUUUCUCAUGAAUCGAUGACUUGGUCUGAGAGAGCAAGUCUUGUCCAAUGUCACCCAGACAGUUGCUGUGCCUGAAGAUGGACUAACACCUGGUCUUCCGGCUAAAUCACUGUGGCUGUCACUGCCAAUGUAUAAACUGCAAGGUGAACCACCUGUGCUAAUUAACUUUUGCAUGCCCUGCAGAUAGGGUACAAAUGUCAUGGUAAGAUGGUUAUCCCCCCCCCCUCCCAAAUUGCAGAGAUUCAGUAUCUGAAUUAAGCUUGUUUAGGCAAAAAGUAAGGCUUGGCAUUUAAAAAUAUGAGUGCUAUGAGUUGAAUUCCAGAUAAAAUUAAAGUUCACUGAAAUCAAUGUAGAGGACCUUUAAGUUCAAUUGAGAUAUUAUCUCUGACAUGUGGGAAUGCAAGAACUGUUCAGAAUAUUGUUGAAUAUUGUCCAGCAAUUUCCUAGCCUCUGAAUGGUACUAAUUUCUUAGUUUCUCUGGGUGAAUUUUGUUGCAGAAUAGAGUAAGACAGAGGUUCUCAACCUGUGGUCCAUGGACCACUGAACGGUCACGAUGUCAUCAGGGGACGGGGUCCACAAAGGAUUGAAGAAAUGUUACGAUUUAAAUCUUGAGUUAAGUCUUGGAGGUCUGUGGCCCCAAAAGAUAUUUAAAGGGGGUCCAUGGUAAAGAAAUCGUUGAGACCCACUGAAAUAAAAUUAUUGUCGACAUUGGAAGAGCUAGGCAAAAUGUGGUUCCAGCAAAAACUAUUAUUAAACAUUCCUCACUGUAUUAUUAAAUUACAAUUUCUUAUGACAUUUGAUUUUAAGGAAUAAUUAUAUUGAAGCAGAUGUGCUUAAAAGAUAAUUGGAAAACUUUCCAAGAAGAUUGCAAAAGAGGUUGAAUUGUUUUUGGAGUACCUAAUCCCCACUAAUAACCUAUUUGUCUCUUAGCUUGAAUUGCAUGUCAUCUGCAAGUAGUGAUAAUUGUAGACUGAUUCAGUGGAGGAAAAAGUCUUUGCUUGGGCUCGCAUAGUACAUUAAGCCAUGAUUUGCUUAAUCACAAUUUGAACAAGCCAUAAUUGGCUCGCUUAAUAUAAUACAAAGCCAAAAAAUAAAUCUUACUGUGGCUUGGGUUUCUACAAGCCCAUCCUCUGUAUUUUGCCCGCAAUAUAUAGUAAUUUUCAGUGUUUCAUGUAUUAAAUUCUUUUUUACAGUGAUGUGAUUAUGGUACUUUACAGGACUGCACUAAGCCAGCAAUGAAAAGCCAGUGUUUUAAUGCCUUAAUUAAAUUUAUGCUGUGUAUCCUGUAAGAGAGUAAGAAAGUGUAAAAUAGCUUAUGAUAAAUAUUUCUUUGAGGA